UCAAAUCCUUGCUCCCUCAGAGGCCGGAGUUUUUCCAAAAAACUUAAAUAAUUUCUCUAAAUUAUAACAUAAAACCUCCAAGAUGGUUGAAGCACAAAAAUAUAGGAUUGAGCAAGAAAUGACCAAUAUGGUCAAUGAGCUGGACAAAAGUUAUUUGCGAAAAAUGCAGGGAGACAUGCAUCGUUGUGCAGCGAAGUGCUGUGACGACACGCAGACAUCGUUGGAAAGAGUGCACGGCUGCAUCGAGAACUGUACCACACCGUUGAAUCAGGCCAAUAACUAUGUUCAGGGGGAAAUAAAUCAUCUACAAAACAGACUUCAGAGGUGUGUCAUGGACUGUAAUGAUGCGGCCAGGGAUCGAUUGGGACCUGAUCCUAGUCAGGAAACGGUGGACAAAGCAACGAUAGAUUUCGAAAAGUGUGCAGUAAGAUGUGUCGACAAACACAUGGCGAUCAUUCCUAGCAUGAUGAAGACAAUGAAGAAAGUCCUGGCCAGCGGCAAACCUCCACCACCGAAGAACGAAUGAUUAUACUUGUAUAAGGUAGAUUACUGACCUCAUUACCUUAUUGUAAGGUACAAAACUAUUUUCAACUUGCUAUGGAUAUAAUUUUAGUCGAAUAAUGAACAGUUUUUGUAUUCAAACCAAUGCAUUUAUUGAUGCAUUUCCACUAAGUAAUAAAACCUAAUCACAAUUUUUUUUAUGAAAUAACAGAUAAUUGACGUAAAUCUGUAUUAAUUUCUAGCUAUAAACCUUUUAUGAACCGAUUAGUUCUAAACUUUAUUUUAAGUAAAAGGCCUAAAUAUUGAAAUUUGAAUUUGUCUUAAAAAUUAUAGUAUGAAGAGAGAUUUGUCUCAUAUUUGGGGAAUGUACUAUAUAUGAGUAGUCUUACGCCCGUAUUCACAAACAUUACUAUGAGGUCUCACAGUGCGCGUGGACGCACAAGGUCACACGCAAACCAAUCACAGAGCUCUAUUCAACGCUGUGCGUUCGAUUUGCUGUGUCACUUAAGCAAACAUCAUUUGUAAAUACAAGUGUUAAUUUAUUUUAAAAGGAUGCCAACGAUUUGAAUUUCACCCUGUAUUUUUGUAAAACUUAAAAUAGUGUCAUAAUAGGUAUCUUAUAUUCAUAAAAACAAACCUAUUUUCUGAAUCAUACAAAAAUCGAAAUAUUUUGUAGUUAUGAAAAGUUUAGUUAUUGAAUGUUAUGAAUUUUAGUAUCACAAAAACAUUGUUGAUUUUUUUAUUCGAGUCAGUAUCACUUUAUUUAAUUAACUUUACCUUCAUCAUGAUUGGUCAUUGAAGGUCAUAGCACACUUAUCAACCCGGAAAGGGAUCAACACCGUAUCGCCUUAACGAGGCGUUUACGUUACGGUGCGGAUAAGUGUGCGUUGAAGCAGAGUAAAUACAAAUGAGUAGGUCAUCUUCAUAGAAACGCCCGAGCGCGGGUUGUAUGUGAGCGCGCCAAUACGUAUGCGGCGCGCACGCACACACUGACAAAAUUUAGCGUGGAUUAGCGGUGAGUUGCUCACAUACAAACCGCGCUCGGUGCGUUUCUAUGAAGAUGACCUACUCAUUUGUAUUUACUCUGGUUGAAGUACCUAAGGAGUUUCAUACAAAGAAUACUGACCGCCUCGAUUUGAUACGUUUGCGAUCCGUUUUCGAGUUGAUAAGUGGUGCUUCGUUCUUUAGUCUCCACUGCAGGAGCACGACCCUCUCUAAUUUACCAGCAAAUGUAGGAUUUGUCCUACACUCCCCACGCUGGCCAGACGGGUUGGGGAGGCCUGAUGUUCGCAUAUUUGUCCCUUAGAGUAGGCGCACACCGUUGAUUUUUCGUCGGCUGAUAGUUUAGUCGGGCAGUUGAUCAGUAUGGGCAUGUAUGGGAGUGCGCACACUACGCCGAUUCGAUUUGGCCGAUUCUUCAUACAAAUUAAAAUCGGGCACAACUAUCGGCCAACUAAAAAUCAACGGUGUGCGCCUACUCUUAGUCGCCUCUUACGACAUCCAUGGGAAGAGUAGGGGUGGUCCUUUUUUUCUACUCUUGCGUAACUAAAAAAGUAUUUUUUCUCCUUUUUUACACUGGUUAAAAUAAUACUGACUCGAUUAUUUUUUUUAGAGUUUAGUGAGUAAAAAGUAUAGUUUUUAUGUGUGGUUAUUUUGGAUGAUUGUUUUAUAGUUGUAUUAUAGUGUAAAUAAAUGGUAGAAACAUUUA